AUGCGACAGGAAGUGACUGAUGCCGUCGGCGAGUGUUUAUUUCAGCCAAGACAACAAUUAGAUUUACUUUUGGAUUCACUCGAUUUGGCACGUUUGAAACUAAAAAAGUUCGAUGAAAUUGAUUUGAAUCAGUGGGAAGAACUUCUCGAUCGUGUCAAGAAGCUGGCCAAAUUCAUUGUUACUCUCAGCAAUUUCGAUGAUGGACUUGAGUUGUUAGUUACAGGCAAACAACUAGAGGAUCUCACUUCUUUCGAAAAUAAUGCUCGACAUUCUAUUGGUCUUGUACCAAUCAGUUAUCUACAACUGCAACGUAUCAAUCAUACCGAGAUGAACGAGCAAACAAAUCCAACGGCACAACAUCGCUUCCAUCCGAUCCAUAGCAGGCAAGCACAAGAAAGUCGAAACUUGAUUAUUCCGGUAGUAGGAUACGAAUAUCGAAAUAAUCAAAGACCAGUAGCACAGUUGCGUCGACCUGCAGCUUCUGAAAUUCCAUUUGAACGUCGAAGUUUCUAUCCGUUACGAUGGCGAGUCAAUGUUUGA